UUUCCUGCUUGCACCAGCGAUCGCCUCUGCCCUCCUAUCUCUCUUCUCCCACGGCCCAUCUGUGCCUCCUCUCUGCUCCCUUCCUUGCCACCCCCGCCCUCGACUGGGUGCUCCCGGCCCCUCCCGCGCGCGUCUCUAUUUGGAGCUGCCGGAAGCCGCGGGCGACUCUCCCCGCGAGCAGCGUGACCGACUAGCGUUCCAGUGCAGGGGGGAGGCGCAGGGCCUGCGGGAGGAGGGCGCAAGUGGCCGGAGCCCGCUUUGCAUCACCGAAGCCUGGACCUAGGCUCUACAGCAGAAUGGCAGACAUGGCAGAACUGAUGGAGAGACUGGAAUGUGCGGUCAGCCGGCUGGAGCAGCUGUCUGCAGGGUUACAUGGACCUCCUGGAGGCUGCGGGGAAGUUAAUGGUGUCAAUGGAGGCGUGGCACCGUCCGUGGAAGCCUUUGACAAACUGAUAAACAGUAUGGUGGCUGAGUUCUUAAAGAACAGCAGAGUCCUUGCUGGUGAUGUAGAGACUCAUGCGGAAAUGGUACACAGUGCUUUCCAGGCCCAACGUGCUUUUCUUCUCAUGGUCUCUCAGUACCAACAACCCCAGGAGAAUGAAGUUGCUGUCCUUCUGAAACCCAUAUCGGAGAAGAUUCAGGAAAUACAGACUUUCCGAGAGAGAAACCGGGGGAGCAACAUGUUCAACCACCUCUCGGCGGUCAGCGAAAGUAUCUCCGCCCUGGGCUGGAUAGCCGUGUCCCCCAAACCUGGUCCUUAUGUCAAGGAGAUGAACGAUGCUGCCACCUUUUACACUAACAGGGUUCUGAAGGACUACAAGCACAGUGAUCUGCGCCAUGUGGAUUGGGUGAGGUCCUAUCUCAACAUCUGGAGUGAGCUGCAAUCCUACAUCAAGGAGCACCACACCACAGGCCUCACUUGGAGCAAAACAGGUCCUGUAGCAUCCACAGCGUCAGCAUUUUCCAUCCUCUCCUCUGGGCCUGGCCUCCCACCACCACCUCCACCACCACCUCCUCCUGGGCCACCUCCACCUCUUGAGAAUGAGGGUAAAAAGGAGGAGCCCUCCCCUUCUCGCUCAGCUUUAUUUGCCCAGCUUAAUCAGGGAGAAGCCAUCACUAAAGGGCUCCGGCACGUCACAGACGACAAGAAGACCUACAAGAAUCCCAGCCUGAGGGCUCAAGGACAAAUUCAAUCUCCAACCAAAACCCACACGCCAAGCCCCAUAUCUCCCAAAUCGAAUUCUCCUCAGAGACAUGCUCCAGUGCUGGAACUGGAGGGGAGGAAAUGGAGAGUGGAAUACCAAGAGGACAGGAAUGACCUUGUCAUCUCAGAGACUGAGCUGAAACAAGUGGCUUACAUUUUCAAAUGUGACAAAUCCACUCUUCAGAUAAAGGGAAAAGUAAACUCCAUCACUGUCGAUAACUGCAAGAAGUUUGGCCUGGUGUUUGAUCAUGUGGUGGGCAUUGUGGAAGUGAUCAACUCCAAGGAUAUUCAGAUCCAGGUAAUGGGGAGAGUACCAACAAUCUCCAUUAAUAAGACAGAAGGAUGCCACCUGUACCUCAGUGAGGAUGCGCUAGACUGUGAGAUUGUGAGCGCCAAGUCGUCUGAGAUGAAUGUCCUGGUCCCUCAGGGUGAUGAUUAUAGAGAGUUUCCCAUUCCCGAGCAGUUCAAGACAAUAUGGGAUGGAUCCAAGCUGGUCACCGAACCUGCGGAAAUCAUGGCCUGACAUCCAAGAGCUAUCCUUCUCCAGGUCUCCUCUAGCCAACAGAAGCAAACAGCUAAUAGGAGCUAGAUUUCACCAUAGCCCCUGCGUCCGUGCCAGCGUCCUGCACUUCUGUGCCGUGGUAAACAGUGUCUUUUCUGGUUGGACUUUAAUGGGCAUUUUGAAAUAUUUAACAUUUGAUCAUGAUUUGUGUGUGAUUUUACUUCCACAUGAUAACUAGUAAACACAACAAUAAAGGGGAAAGAAUUCUGUCCCCUUCAUAUCAUGAACUCUGUAGCUGAUAAGGAGAAUCCAUAUUUCUUCCUUUCAGUAUAAUUGCUAGUUGACAAAAUGAAGCCUUAGACAAUCUACGUAUGUUUUUACCUUUUAGACAACUUUAACAUGAUGGAAUAGUCUUGUGCCCUGAAGAAUAAGGCUCUAUUUUUUAAUUUUUACAUGUUCACCUUUAUCAGUGUGGACAUCCAGUCAGCAUGAAUGCAUUCUUCAAUCCAUGUUUUUACAAACACACAUAUAAACAAAGAGGAAACUUCUAAGGAAACACAAUAUACCCUUUAUAGUUACUGAAAAACAAAAGAAAUCUUAACUCUUCAUCUUAAAUAUUUUUCUCCUGAGUAACUUUGAAAAUUCUUAUUUGUCUGCAUAUUCUAAGACAAAGAGCGGUGGCGGGGAGGGGUGGGGUGAGGUGAGGACUCGGUCCUUGAUUUUUGCUUUGUAAUACCUCAUGGUUCUGUUCCAAGAAGAGCUCUGCCUUUGCUUUCCAGUUUUGAAGUCGCCCUUACUAUCAGACAACCCCAUCCAGGUCUCUAAUGCUUACUAGGCAUGAGUCCCUUUCCCAUUGACCAGGCUAACCAAUGCUAACCAGCCUCAAAGAGCCUGACUGUUGCUUCUUGAAUCAGUUGCUUGGCGCUGGUUGGGUUUUCUAGUCUUGAAAGAACAUACUCUUCCAGGAGAACAACAACGCUCUCCGUGUCUCUUCUCUGCACAUGGCGGAGAACUCUUCAGCUUUUGGGGUCAUGUGUAACGAAGCAUAGCACUAAACUUUAGGAACCAAUGGAAGCAUCUAGAUUGUGCUUAUGAAUGCCUCGCUGGCUAUCACUGUCAGUGUUUGAAUAGCUUCUAUAUCCAUAUAGUAUUCACAUCACUGAUGUUUGUGUAUUAAAGUUUUGCUAUAAAAGUUCUGUCCUUAUGAACAAUGUUGUGGCUUUAGUAAGUAUAAUUUUUGAACAGUAAAGUUAUACUAAGUAAAAACUAAUUGUUUAAAUACUGAAA